AUGAAGAAUAUUUGGUGUAAAUUCUCAGUGCCCAAACACAGGUUUAUUCUUUGGCAGGCUUAUCACCAGAAGCUGCUUACCAGAGAUCUAUUGCAUCACUGCAAUAUUCCUGUUAUCUCUCAAAGUUGCCCGAUUUGUGAGACUGAAUUGGAGAGCCAUGCUCACCUAUUUUUUGACUGUUUGUUUUCUAGGAAAGUGCUUCAGGCAAUUGCUAAUUGGUUGAGAUCUCUUAUGUGGCCUAGGAGUUUCCAGAAUUGGCGUUGCUGGCUGGAAGAGUCUAGUAAAGAUGACCUGUCUAGGGUUGUUGCAGCUUCAUUGGCUGCUUCAGUUUACUUUAUUUGGCAAAAUAGAAACAAGUGCUGGUUGGAAAGCUGCUGUUUUUCUGUGGCCCAUGUUGAUGCUCUUAUUAGGAAUUCAGUUAAGGCUAGAGUUAAUAAUCUUAGCCGUAGGAGUAAAAAUUUGACUUUGGGGGAGAAAUUGAUGAUACAUUUUUUCUCUAGACUGUAA